GCUAAGUACGUCAAACCAUAUGGGGCGUUUGAUUAGUUUUUAAUUACUUUUUCUUUGUUUUACUUGUAAAAGCAGCUCUGAUUGUCUGUUCAAUCACAUCUGAUCAAAGUUUAAUGCAUUGUCUUUGGCAUCUCCAAGGAUUCAUAAUGCAGUUAUGGCUUGAGGCUGCGACAGUUGUCACAGAAAUUCCUUCGCAUUUUCAUAGGUCUGUCAUGUUGACAUCACUUAUUUUGCAAAUCUUUCUCCUCCUUCUGCCUCAUCAAUGGACUUAAGCCUAAUCAUCAAGACUCAGUGAGGCUCACAUGAGUGAUUUCUAACGAUGUUUCCGAUGAGCAGCGCUCAAGCAUUUCAUCACCACUUUUUUUUCCUGAUUAGCUGUGCUAGAACCACGCAGACAUCAGUGUGUGGGAUCAUGUAAGGGGUUUGACGUGACUGAUUUGUGUAUUAGCAAUCACGGAUGUGGAGAGGGUAUGUUCCCCAAGAAACUUCUGAUCCGACUGCAAGGUGACAUGGACUAAUUAAAGAGAUUUGGAAUGUCUUGGCUUACGUUGUGACCUAUGACUGUGCCUCUGACGCACUGGGAAUUGGAAAGCUUAGCAAAUUGUUAAUUUCUAAUGGCAAGUUAAAAUUUAUGUGGAUAUAUCAGAAGAUUUGUGAAAGUUGCUUGCUGGUGAAAGUCGGAAAGACCUAAAGCUGUAAUCAGUUGAAUGAGUCUGACAAAGAUUUAGAAGUUAAAACAUGCUCCCAGGAGUAUGUGAAUAGAAUAAGGAUUUCAGGUUAACCACGUUUACUGCAGGACUGCAGCAUUUAUUCCUCCUUAGAAGUUGAUAUUGAAGGAAAGAUCGUCGAAAGAGACUGGAAUGUUAAGAAUGUACAAUGUAGGUAAACUUUCAGUGUUAAGCCAUAAUAUUAGCCAAGGAUUUCAUUCAACAAUACUGCCUUAAUGCUGGAGGUGCUUUCUCAACAUUUUCAUUGAAGGUAGUCUAUUUACUUUGAAGUUCUUCACGGGAAGCCUCUACUGUUUGUACCCUCAUAUCCUCAACCAAGAUGGAAGGAUUGUUAUGUUUGUCAAAACCUGCAAAAGAGUAUGCGGAGUUUCAGGCAUGCCCAUCAGAAAACAACAAUGCUGACCCUGAUUCUGAGGAUGUCCCUCACAAAUCCAGCCUCUCUGGAAAGCUAUCUACGACAUCGAUGACCUCUGUCGGAUCGAUGUCGGCAGUGAGCAACGAGGAGCUCAAGGACUUCCUAGAGCAGAUGAAAUGGCACAUCAACAACAAGCUGGACAAUACCAGGAUAGAGAUGGUGGAACUACGGAAGAAGGUGAACUCUAUCGAUGAGAAACUGAAGAUUGUCCUUGAACAGAAGGAAGGUUCUUGUGAGCAUUGCCAUCAGGAAGUUGAAAAUGGAACAUUGGAACCAGGAGAAGAAAGCGGUGGAGCAGAUGGAGAUGGUGGAGGGGUUCCUUCCGCGGGGAACUCCAAAGGUGGUAUACGACGAGGAAGUGGUAGUCUAGCAAAGAGCAUCAAGGGUGUCUUCAUGAACAGCAAUAACAACAAAGUAGAUAGGCAUAGUCAUGGAAAUCUCAAACCAGAUAAGCAGACCAAUGGUGGACCCAUUGCUGAGGAAGAAGAACUUGAGAAACGGAAAACUGUCACAUUUGGACAAGAUGUGGUUGUAAAAGAAUUCCAGAGAGUUUUUAGUGGAAGGAAAAGAUCAAAGAAAGGUCAAAAGGUCAUUGUCAGGGAGGAAGUUCCAGAAGAAGAUGAAGAAGAGGCUGAGGCUGAGAGGAAUAAUUUGGAAAAUGGAAAGCACAGUGAAAUUCUCAAAGAAAAUGGGCAUUCUAAAGAUGAGGAUAGUGAUGAUUUUACAGAUUCUGAAGAAGAGACGCAAAGGUCAGAAGCUGCUUCAUCAGGAAGCAAAGGACUUACAAUAGAUAUUGCAAAGCUGAGAGAAGAAGCGUGGAGGAAUAGCAAAUCUGUUGAUGCACCGAAUCAAUACCAAAACACAACAAUUGGAGAUCUUCCAGAAGAUACCUAUGAGAUACCAGUACAAGAUGAACCUCCGGCGUUACCACCCACCAUUAGCAGACCGCCAAUCAAGAGAAUAAUAGAUGAAAGAGAAGACUUCUAUGAAGAUCCAGAUGAUCAAGAAUCAGGAAGGGGAUCAAUGCCACCUGGGUCAUGCAGUGAUGAAGGGAGUGGUAAUACGUUUGUAUUCUCACAAAAAGGAGACAAGACUGAUCAUCAAAUCGAAGAGGAUUUCAACAGUGACUCCACAGAAUAUGAAGAUGUUGAAGAUAUCGAUUUAGAACAACCUCAGCAAGAAAAGCAGAAGAAACCGAAGGUGGACAAACUGGAGGAGUUCAAGAAUGACCACAGAAAUGAAGAGGACAUUGACCUCAUCGAUAGGCUUCUUAUGCUAAACAACUAUUUCAGUACAAUUAAGAGUGUUGGCAAGUGGGAAAAACGUUACUGCAUAGCGAGGGAUGGACAACUCUUCAUCUACAAAUCAUAUAAGGACAAGCAAUCGAAGGCCCAGCGGUUACCGUUGAUGGGCUACAAUGUGUUCUUACUAGGACAACAAGGUAAACAAGAUCAUGUGAUCAGGAUUGAACAUCACAAUAUCAAACCUCCUAUUCUUCUCGCUUCAGAGUCAGCUGAAACAUCAAACAAGUGGGUUGCUGUCCUUCAGAGGUAUUCUACCAUAAAUCACACCAUUGUUCCUGGAGGUCAGCAGGAUGAAGAGGAUGGAGAGGAAAGUCCAGACAAAAAGAAAGGUAAAUUGUUUCAUCGAGAAAAGAAAGAUGGAACUCCACAACUCACCAUGGAAGGAGAUGUAUUAUCAGGUUAUGUAAACAUUUUUGGGGCCAAGUUUGGAGAAGCGAAGAUCAGACGGAGAUGGAUCUCUCUACAUGAUAUGGUAUUCUCAUGCUCUGUGGCCAGAGAGGAACCUAAGAGUUUUAGCUUUAAUAUCAGAGGUAUUGAUGUCACUGCAGCUGAUAAGAAGGAAGUCAAGAUGAAAGGAGCAUUCAAACUCAGCAAAGAUGGAGAGGUCUACUUGUUUAUUGAAGCACUCAACAUGUUAGAUGCUGGACACCUGCUGAAGAAGCUUGUAUCAGCCUCCAUGAGUGCUACUACCAAGACAAGCACCGGAGGAAGACCGGCAAGCUCUAAUGCAGCUGAGGAGAGUGGCAUGGUGGCUAAGCUACUUGCUUCUUUUGAGACGGCUGCUGAUCAGACGGAUAACGCACAGAUCAAAAGAGGAAGAAGAGUACAAUUACAAAAUCAACUGAAUAAGAAGUUUACCAGGAGUCGUCAGUCUACUGUAGAAGACCAAGGAUUGUAUGAGGAUACUAUAGCGCCACCUGUUGGAGGAGCACCAGACGAUAUUUAUGACGAUGUCCUAGCCCCUCCUAUUCCUCCACCUAGUGAAAAGACAACAGCCCAAAAGAAAACAAUGUCGUUACCACCUGAGGACGACGUACCUGCUGUGUUUGAAGAUCUUUAUCUUGAGGUUUUAAACGACUCAGAAACAACAACCAAGGAAUCGCCGGCAGAGGCAUCUGUUGAUUCACUCCAAAUUCCCAAUACCUCUCAAGCCCCAUCUUCUCCUUCUUCUGCGCAAUCUCGAAUAAAGAAUUUCAAAUUAAAUUUCAAAGUCAAGAAGGACAAGGAAAAGGAGGUGAUUAGUCCAACGGAACCUGUUCCUGGGGAGAAGAAAGAGACAGAGAAGGAGAGGAAACAGAGGGAGAAAAGGGAAAAGAAAGAGAAGAAAGAGAAAGAGAAGAAGGAGAAAGAGAAGAAGGAGAAAAAGAAGAAGAAAGAGAAGGAAGAAGUGGAGGAGGUACCGUCUACUCCAACAACUCCAUCAACUCCAGUGUCAACUCCACCUAUUCCAUCAACUCUUGAGACACCGGAGAAGAUAGAAGUCAAGAAACCAUCCCCAGCUCUUCAGAGGAAACCAUCAGCCCCAGUGAAUAAAUUCAAGGAUUCUAGCAUGAGCCACCUAUUAUUGAAGGAUAAAUUGAUGCAGGAUAGAAAGGAAUUGGAGACGCAGCAGAAAGAACUUAAGACAAAGAUAGCAGACCUGAGGGCUAAGAAGAUGUCAUCUUCAGAUGCAAUUGAGAAAGAGAAGAUACAGAAAGAUAUAGAUGUCAUGCAGAAAGAUUUACGAGAGCUUAACAAGAAACAUGUCAAAAUCUCUGCGGAAAUUGAUGAUGCUACUGGGAAGAGGAAAGAUGCAAAUGAAAAUGAUGCAAGUGAAUCCUCGCCCUUCACUAAGAAAGCAUCGGUGAGAUCAUCCUCGCCAGGAAGAGAAAAUGUUAGCAAAGGAACGGUAUCAGAUAGAAUGAAGAUGUUUUCACAAAGCAACUGAUUUGAUAGAACAUUUAAUAUAUGUAGCAGGGAAAUGACCAAGUGAGAACCCCAGCAUUUACCUACGUUAUUUUCAAAGGAUUUCUUUACAUUUCAUCUUCCUGUGAGUCUUCCAAAUCUUGACGUCUAAACCUGAGUGCCUUGUGAAUCUAUGGACAAAUAAACUUUCUACAAAGCACAUCUAAGAAAAUGUCAAAAUUUAAACUGCAACUCAUCUAAGAUGUGCUUGGUUCCCUGAUAAGUUCCAUGCUACUUGUUGCCAAGGGAACCGCUUUCAGCGUGUGGAUAUUUCUCUAUUUUUAAAGGUAAAAAUUGAGAAUAGAGAAUGCAAACGGUAAAAUCCCUAGAAAGCCAAUGAACAUUAUUUUAAGUUACUAAUAAAUGAGGUUCUGGAACUGUAAGAUAGAAUCUUUGAACAAACAAAAUUAUGGCACUUUAAUUGUUAACAUGCCUUAUGAAGU